AUGUUGACAGUUACCCCCAGCACUCCAAUCUUUCUUCACACCUUCCCUCGCGAGCCAGCUCUCACAUCCCUCACAACCAUGAGCGACUCCAAGAAGCACGAAGCACUCCAAGUCGAGAUCCUAACCGACAGUCCUGUUGGUACUGCUGAACCCUUAGAAACGAAGUUCGCCUCACUAGGACGAUGGCAAGCCGCACGCGUCUUCUGGAAAGUCCUCCUCUUCUGCAUGAUCCUAAACUGGGCCGCCAUGAACGACGGCUUCCAACAACAAGUCCCCGGCAACAUCAUCCCCUUACCCGCCUUCGUCUCGCAGAUGGCGGACACGAUGGUGGACGGUGCACCGGCCGUUAGUGCGCGUACUGUGUCGUUUUGGCAAGGAUUUGCUGAAAUGGCGAAGAUGGCGGGGAUGUUUGCUGGUGGGUACUUUGCGGACAGGUUUGGGCGGAAGUGA